CUUCCAACAACCAACAGGGUGAUGAUGUUUUGUGAAGAUCCCCCGCUGGGUGAUUUAACUGUUCAACACUUGUGCUUCAGCCCGGGAUUCAAACGUUGUCCAGAAUGUGAUCAACAGAGCAGCGCUGGGUCGUGGUGAGAGGGCUAAAGCAAAAUUCAUCCAGAUAUUACAACAAUGGAUACUGCGAGCGAAGGUUUGGCACGGUCAGACGUGGACACCGAGAUGACGGCGUUGACAUCUGAAGAUGUUCCCGAGCAAAACCUUGAUGCCAGCGAUGAAGUGGAGCACCUCAGGAACAGUUUACGCGAAGCCGUCCAUGAUGAAAACGUCCGGCCUAAGAUGCAGUGCCUGAUGAUGGACUCCUCCUUCUCCAUGGUCACUAUGCAAGGUGAGGACAGCGGGAUCGCGUGGGAGACAACCCCUAGUCGCUGCAACACGCCGUGGGCAUCCGAGGCGGGGAACUCCGCCGUGGAUCUCAGCUCUCCGGUUGCAGUACGGCCUGCAACACCUGGGUCUGUUCCAGCAGGAAAGAUUAUCUUUGUCAUGGAUGAGGAGCUGAUUUCCAGACGGAAGAAAGAGAGGCUGAGCAGUCAGAAGAUCAAGGCGGACAGACAGCGAGAGGCCCUCGUACAGAGUUCUGAAAACAUCUCCGGGAGGCCGGAGUUAGUGGGAGUCUCACAGCCGAAUGUGAAAACCGAAGGAGGAGACGAAGAUGAAGCGAAUGAUCCUCUGGGGGACAAAGAGCAACGGCUGUUCAGAUUAGUGUCCGAAGGCUCUGAAAUCCUCAACAUUGUCGUUCCCCCAAAACUGGCUACUGUGGACGAAGAGGAGAGCAAAGAAAUGGUGGACAACCUUUCUUAUCUGGAGGAGAGCCUUGUCCCUAAAGCUAGCAAAGAAACACAAGAUUACGAGCUUGUGAACUCAUCGAUGGAAUCGGAUGCACCAGGAGGUGACGAGGUCAGGCCCUCAGUCUCAGGCGUAAUGGAUCCACCGGGGGCUCCAGUGGCCAGACCUCCAGGCAGAGGAGCAGCUGGCAAUGUGGACUACUUUGAGGCGUUCACCAUGAUUGAUGCCCAGGCUCCAGGAAGUCCUGCAGUGGUCACACCGGGAGAGGCGGAACAGGAGGGAGAGGUUGCCGCUGAGAGCCAGGACACAGAGACACCUGUGCAGCCGAAAGACACCACAACAACAUUAACAACAACUGUAGAUACUGACAAGACAGACACAAUCAGCCUAGAGGAAAUCACCAGUGCGCUUCUAGACGAUGUCUUCUACGGUGGUACGGACAACUACUUGAAAAGUCUAGACAGGGAUUACGAAGCGGCUGGAGGAGCGCCGUCGAGGCUUCCUUCAAAACCGAGUGGCUCGACUUUGUUUGGAAGCCAAGAGGAAAUCUUGACUCCCAUCUUUCUACCAGAAGGUCCUUCCAAAAUUAUCGACCCCAUUUUGCUGGAGGAGCCGAAAGCCAUGGCCUUCCUUUACACGGACCUGUAUGAGGAAGCAACCGGCAGUCGGAAAAAAGAAGAGGAUACGGAAAGCAUGACCUCCGAGAAGUCCUUCCACAGCCGGCAUUCAGACCGGGAGGCCAGGGGAUAUUUGGAGAAAUAUGUCCUCAUAGACGAGACUCCUGCGGUGGAAGUGGAACCAACCGACGAAGGAAAAUGCACAGAGGAAGGUCCUCGGGUGUUGUCCGAAGAUUUGUACGACUUUGCCGAUUUGUCGUCCAAGCCCGAAAAAGGUGAGGUGCCAAAUUCAGAGGAGGAAAUCACAGACUUCUUCAGGUCCAGCGGCAAUUCUUCUCCAUGUGACAUAGAGCCUUUCGCUCGAUCGCUCGAGGAGGAGGAACCCCAAGCAACAGCGAAGACCAAAGACAAGACGAGCAAAAAUGUCUCCAUCAAGGUAGAAAAAGUUGCAGAAAUCCCAGUGGAUCCACUUAGCAUCUCCAGCUUCGAGUUUCCCUCAGAUGAACCAGACUGGGAAAGUACAGACGAUCACCCUACAGCCCCGAACGAGAAACACGAGCAUGCAAAUCAGAAAUUGUGGAAAGAUGUGGAAGUGCAAAAGCCAGUUGCCCCUCCCAGGAAGAAGGCAGCAGCCUCUCCUAAGGCAUGCCUGGACCUAACACCUCUGACUCCAGUUGACGUACAGGAAAAAGAAGAGGAGGCCGGUGUGAAGGAACAGAGGGAGGAGGAGAAAGAGACGGCAUCACCAGCAGAAACCGCCGACGAGGGAGACGGAGACGGAGAGGAAACGAUGCAGACCUCUUGCGCCGUUGCUCUGGCCGAAAGCAUGCUGGCCGCAGUGGAGUCCUCACUGACUGAAAGUGUGACAGAUAGCGACGUCACAAACACAAAACCCGCUGAAGACGAGGAGAAAGACACUAAAACGGCACAAGAAGAGGAAACGAGUGAGACGGAAGCUGCUGCUAAACAAACUGAACCAGAAGAGGCGGCUGUUAAGUCGUCAGAAUCGGCUAAAACUGAGGUUUAUCCAGAGAAACAAGCAGAUAGUUCGACUGUCUCACCAGCUGAACCACCUAAAGACAAAGGACAUUGUGUAAUACUUUAACUGACUCUGUUAGGUUGCUGAUGUGUCCCUAUUCAAGGUCUUAAACUCUCAGUAGAAUUAGACGAUAAUCAACUGAGAUGCAAUCUAAAAGAGUGCAAAAAUAUUGUUCAUCUCAGUCUAGUUUUUAUAAUUUGUACCCAUUUGUACCUGCCUGUACUGCAUGAAUACAAAUCACAUCCAGAGGAGGGUGUUUGUUUUCCUUUUUGUUUUUACAGGUUGACCCAGUAUCUCCGUGUGCAGACCGGGUGGCAAUAGUGCAUGAAUCAUAGCCGUGUUUGAAAGGAGAGGUUUGGGUCACGAGUGUGAAUAAAACGGGUGAGAGUG